CGCAGGAUGUCGAUGUCCCGCGUGGCGCGCCCUUCGGGAGGUGCCGAAGUGUUAUCUCCGUGCCUCGUACACGCGCGCCACGAUUGAUCGCGCUCCAUCCCCGAGAGCUCGAUUUUGGAAAAAAAACCUUCUCCCUCGCAAUUAUCUCCCUUAUAUCGUCCCUUAUAUCAUUCCUCUCUCUCCUUUCCCCGCUCGAUCCGUUCAACAAGUUUUACAGCCCCUUUGCCGGACUUUUGUAAAAGAAAGAGAAACAUAAGUAAGAGGAGAACGAAAAGAUCAAACGCGCAUUUUUUUCCGGAUCUUUUCCUCAGAUAAAAAAAAAAAGAGCAAAAAGUUCGCGAGAACACAUCGCGCGACUCAUAUGCACCCCGAGCGAUUCGGAUACGCGUGUGCGUGAGGUACGCGUUGGUGCGUGUGUUUACAACCUGUGGGUGGUGCGGCGGCGGUAGCGGCAGCGGCGGCGUUAGGCACCGAUUACGGGAUAUGGAUUCACAGUGGACCCGGGUGGAGGCGGAAGGCGGCAGAUGACGGGUCCGCGGUCGAGCCCGGCGAGAGGAGGCGCCAAAUGAAAGUGAAAACGGGGGACUGCACGGGGGUGCGUACUACGAUGUGAGAGGGAGGAUGCGUCGCCCUCGGGAGAACGACGAAGGGUGCGGGAAGACGAACGCCGGAAGGCGGAUGCCUUGAAGCUCACCCUGGGAGGGGGUCAUUUUGAUGGAGAGAAAUAUUCGAUGCCACGUAUACGAGCCAUAAAACGUUGGGAGAACGGGAGGGUCCGUCCGUGGAAUGGCGUUAGGGACGAGGCCGAACGGGAAGAAUGUUCAUUGACGUUAGAGCCCCUGUGUCCUGGCAAGGAAGCGUUUUACUUGGCUCCGAACUGGAAUCACCCGUAGGACGACGAUAUGCCUUCUGAAGGCUGCAAAUCCCGUGGAUUGUGUGCGUAAGAGGGCCCACCCUCUUUAGAAUUCCCCGUCCGUAGAGGAGCGAGGAGUUCGUUGAAGACAAAGACGAGGGGGUCGGUGCUCGAGAGGGGUGAAAGGAACGAGGAAAAGGAGGUGCGGUUGAGCCUAGGGGGUGAGAAAGCGAGAGGGAGAUAAGGAGAUAAGGAAGAUGGGAGAGAGCUCGCCGGAUCUCAGCCUCCGGCUACGCCAAGGCAGCUCCGAUUCCAGAGACUCCUUCUACAUGGACUUCGCUCAGGGUAUCGAUUCCGAUAUCGAGGAAGUGACGCGACCAGGCGACAAUAAUUCCGAUCCCAUGCUGGAAAAUCAUCUGGAGGAGAACGGGAAUGAUCUGCCACCGAUUGAGGACAUCACGACGAUCCCCGAAGAAGCCUCCGAAGAGUUAAGAGAGGAGGAGGAGGCAGCCGCAUUGGAGGCUGCGCUUCGAACGCCAGACGGCGGCGCGAUUAGCACGGAAAUCAGGAAACCGUCGGCUGCGACGCUCACGCAGGACUGGCCAGGAUUGCCGGUCGCGCUACCAUCACCAGCCUCGCCAUCCGCGGUAAUCGUCUCGCCGGAAACGCUGUCUAGACACAGUAGCAGCUCACCUUCUCGCGUUCACCGACCACCCCAGUUCGCGUUGGCCCUGCCAUGUUCCUCGCAACCGAUUCCGGCGGUCUGCUAUCCGGCGCCGACCUUUCUCGAGGUCACCGACGAGCGGAAGUGGAAGAACCUUGGAUGCGACGCCCUGGCGACCACUUUGAGCGCGUUGUACGGGAAACUUCUGGUUGUGAUGGGGAUCGCCUUUCCCAUGGCGGAAGUAAUAUCCACGUACAUACCGCCGUCGUUCUAUGAGGCUUUCUACCUCUAUCUCUACUUUGGCAGCAUGAUUUUCCUGGUCUACAUGUAUGCUAUGCUGUUCAGAGACAACAAGACAAAACCGAAGAAGCAGAAGGACGUAUGCGAUCUGGAUUCGUCGAGAUCGUCGAGCGGCGCCGGCGGUGACAGCGACACGCCUGAGAACGGAUAUCCGCACAUGCAUCCGGGACAUCCGGUCCAACAUUACGGCAGCUUCUACCUGCGAAUGGGAGCUGUCGCGUUCGGCAUCGGCUCGAUGAUCUAUUCCGGAUUGGAAUUCGGCCAAUAUUUCGAGCUGGAACAGAACACCAAGUGUCACAACAUCAUGCUGGCUCUCACACCGGCCACGAGGAUGGCCUUCAUCUUCAUUCAGAUGUACUUCAUAUUCCUAAACAAUGAGCAAAUGAAGGUUUAUCGCCACCGCGUCGUAGCGCGUUUUGGAUUAAUGCACAUGAUUGGCACGAAUCUGUCAGUCUGGCUGAACGUUCUCGUUCAGGAAACGAAACACGAGAUCCUCACCUUUUAUAAUCCGGAGAACAAUUCUCUCAGAAUUUCUCAUAGACUGGGCUUAAAGGGUGGACUUCAUCUCGGCGGUCACACUCAUUCUCAUCACGGAGAACACGUGCGACUCCCGCGCGGUCUUAAAGGACCCCAUCACAUGUUCGAAUGCAGAAGAACGAAUAUAAUGGGAUCGUUGGUGCAAGAUGCCAGCCCCUUCCUCUUUCCAUGUACGAUAGAAUAUAGCUUGAUUUGCGCGGCCAUUUUAUACGUCAUGUGGAAAAACAUAUCGAAAAUCGGAUUCACGCAGCCCACGACACCACCUGGUUCGCGUCAUCACACACACGCCUACAGGAAAUCGCCUCAUCAUUACAGCGUGGACUGCGCCCGCGCGCACAAGGGCCUCUUCGUGGGCAUACUGAUUCUGGUGCUGACCAUAAUCUCCCUAAUUCUCUUCUUCGUCCUCAUUUCGCGACCCGAGCUGGUCAGCCUCGCCGUGACCGAGGUGAACGUCUGCGAGCUGACGCUCUACGGGAUGUCCACUAUGGCGACGCUGAUCGGGAUGUUCCAGAUGCGCAAGCUGCGCUACGACGGCGGCAGAAAUCUCGAGCUCGACAACAUUCUCCUGGUGGCCGCGCAGACCGGCAUGUUUAUCUAUUCCACGUUUACCAUCAUCGGCGGUCACUUCACCCUGCAGAAGCACACAGUCCUCGUGCUGGUCACCGCCCUCGCCAGCGUCGUCCAGACCACCUGCCAAACCAUCUUCAUCCUGGAUGCGUCCAGGCGCUCAGUGGCCACCGCCGAGCAGAUACGCCGAAAGCCGGGCAGGGAGAUCGUGACAUUUCUGCUGGUGACGAAUCUAGCUAUGUGGGCGAUCAACACUCUGGAAAAGUCCCGAGCGGAAUCGCAUCCUGUGCAGUUGCACUUCUACGGCCUGUGGGCAUGGACGAUCAUCACCCACGUUUCGAUGCCGCUGGCUAUCUUUUACAGAUUCCACAGCACUGUAUGCCUGUGCGAGGUGUGGAAGCGGGCCUACAAGGUCAAGCCGACCUACAUGUGACGUAAGAGAUCCCGCGAGAUCAUAUGGAAGACCGGGGCUGCACCGCAGCGGCCCAAGAGCCAACAGUCGAGGCUUCACGCCAUCGCGGAGAACGAUCCGGCAUAUUUCAUAUGAUCGAGAGAAAUAUCGAAUCGCUGCUGGCGUGAAAACCGUCUCGAAAAGAAAGAGUUCGUCGGGCGGUGCAUCAAAGAGUAGCCAACAUCGAGUUUUUUUAGAUGAACAGAACCUUUCUAGACAUUCGAGCACGAUUGACGCGAUGAUACGUACACAAGUCAUACGCGCGAAAUUUGUAUUCACUCUUCCCAGGGUAUCUCAGAAAAGUUUUUACUAAACAGAUUCGGAGACUUCUAAUUAUAUUUGGAUAUUAUAUACGUAAAUUGAUUACUGCAAGAAGAAUGCAUCUCGGCAGAAAAGUACUCAUAAAGAAAAACUGUCACGUAAACGGUAUGUUAUUUCGUCACUUAUCGAAAGUCGGUGUCCCUAGCUAGCAUUGUACAAAAUAUAUUUCGUCAGUAUAUAAAUAUUAACUAUAAAAUUGAUAUAACGCCAUCAUCACUUCAAACCAUCAUCACUUUAUGAAAAGGAUCACCUGUUCAUCGAAUACACUCUCGCUAAAAUAACAUGCGAAAAGAAGAAUUUUAGCAAACUUUAGAAGUAGAUUGUCUCCGAAGAUGCGUGUGUUGAGAUCCCUUCGCCGAUAUAAGCCGAUUUAUUGGGAUACAAUAUUAUAUACGGUCUUCUUGACUCUUUUAGAGAUUUCAAUGUUAAUCCUCUUAUUCGCCAUUGAUAUCUGUAAAUAGCCUUUUUACCACGUUGUGCGAAACCUAUAGAAAAUAGGGGAGAUUUAUCAACCGCACGAACAUGCACUUAAUAGAAUCGCGAAUUUCGCUGCGAUUACGGGAUAUGACGCUUUCUCACAGCUUUUGCCCCACGCGAUGAUCCUACGGAGUAGAAGUGACAGCACGAGCUCACCAUACAUAAGAUUCAUUCGAUGAACGCAAUUUCUAUCGGACAGCGCAGCGG